AUGCCUGAAAUUGAAGGAUCUCCGGGGACUUCCAUGCAUGGAGUCACCGGACGGGAGCCGGUGUUGGCAUUCUCCGUUGCGUCUCCAAUGGUUCCCACUGAUUCCACCGCAAAAUUUGAUCUUCCGGUGGACUCUGAACACAAAGCCAAGGUCUUCAAGCUUUUCUCCUUAGCAAAGCCUCACAUGAGAACCUUCCACCUUUCAUGGCUCUCUUUCUUCACCACCUUCGUCUCCACCUUCGCCGCCGCUCCGCUCGUCCCCAUCAUCCGUGACAACCUUAAUCUCACCAAAUCCGACAUCGGAAACGCCGGUGUUGCCUCCGUUUCCGGCAGCAUUUUCUCCAGGCUUGUUAUGGGUGCCGUCUGCGAUAUGUUGGGACCUCGUUACGGAUGCGCUUUCCUCAUCAUGCUGUCUGCUCCGACGGUGUUUUGCAUGUCGUUCGUGGAAGACGCGAGUGGCUACAUCGCGGUGAGGUUCAUGAUAGGGUUCUCGUUAGCGACCUUUGUUUCUUGCCAGUAUUGGAUGAGUACGAUGUUUAACAGUAAGAUCAUUGGGUUGGUGAAUGGAACCGCAGCCGGGUGGGGCAACAUGGGGGGCGGUGCCACGCAGCUCCUGAUGCCGGUUUUAUUCGAGAUUAUCAAGAAGGCGGGGGCAACGCCGUUCACCGCGUGGAGGAUCGCGUUUUUUAUACCCGGAUGGCUUAAUGUGAUCAUGGGGAUAUUGGUGUUAACUCUUGGUCAAGAUUUGCCAGAUGGUAAUCUGGGUGCUCUUCAGAAGAAGGGUAAUGUCGCUAAAGAUAAAUUUGGCAAGGUUUUAUGGUACGCUGUGACGAAUUAUAGGACAUGGAUCUUUGUACUUCUUUACGGGUACUCUAUGGGGGUCGAAUUAACCAUUGACAAUGUCAUCGCUGAGUACUUCUAUGACAGGUUCGAUCUAAAGCUUCACCUUGCCGGAAUCGUUGCGGCCGUCUUCGGAAUGGCAAACAUCGUUGCUCGACCAUUCGGAGGAUUCACAUCGGAUUUCAUGGCCAAAAAAUGGGGAAUGCGUGGCCGUCUCUGGAACCUAUGGCUCCUCCAGACCGCGGGCGGCAUUUUCUGUCUCUGCCUAGGUUUAGUCAACUCCUUACCGUUAGCCAUCACCUUCAUGAUCCUGUUUUCCGUCGGAGCUCAGGCGGCAUGUGGUGCAACAUUCGGCAUCAUCCCCUUCAUUUCCCGCCGGUCACUUGGUAUCAUCUCCGGCAUGACAGGAGCAGGAGGAAACUUUGGUUCUGGUCUAACCCAAUUAAUCUUCUUUGCAAACUCACAAUUCUCAACAGCCAAAGGGUUGUCGUAUAUGGGUGUCAUGAUCAUAUGUUGUACACUUCCGGUGAGUUUGGUUCACUUCCCACAAUGGGGGAGCAUGUUUUUGCCACCUAGUAAUGACGAUGUCAAAGGUAGCGAAGAACAUUACUAUGUCUCUGAGUGGACUGAGGAGGAGAAGCAGAAAGGUAUGCACCAAGGAAGUCUCAAGUUCGCCGAGAACAGCCGGUCGGAGCGUGGAGGGAAGGUGGCGUCGAUUCCGACGCCGACGAAUGUCACUCCUAACCAUGUUUAGCUUCAAUUUUCCACUUCAUUUUUCUUCUAAAAAUACGAACUUGCAAG